AAUUAGAUGGUUAUAAAAUUAUGUAUGUGGCUCGUUUUCUGAAACUGCGUUGUUGUUCAACCUUGCAGGAUGUACGGCUUGUUUAUAAAACUUUUGCAACACUGUACUUUGUCUUCAUAUUUGACAAAUCUGAAAAUGAGCUAGCGAUGAUAGAUCUGAUGCAAGUAUUUGUGGAGACAUUGAACAAUUGUUUCAGAGAGGUAUGCGAGCUUCACAUAGUGUUCAAUUUUUACAAGAUCCAUAUGAUUUUAGAUGAAAUCAUAUUAGGUGGACAAGUGCUUGAAACAAGUUCUGAAGAGGUGGUCAAUGCAGUUGAUGCAAUCUCAAGGUGAAUGAUGUUGGAAAUCUACCUGUGGGACACAAAAUCCUCUUCAUUUAGAAUGAACAUUUUGCAUGAUAUGGGGCAUAAUUCUUGAAUGACAUUAGUUCAUGCCUUUGUAUAGUUCAUGGAUCCAUCUCGCUCAUUCUUUUGGUUUUUUUGGUGUACAAGCAUUGUGCGUUUGGGAUGAUGAAAGCUCUUUUUUGUUACAUAUGAACAAAGUCCUUUUUUCCGGC